AUGUCUUCUCGGAUACCUGUCUUUCCCUCAGUGACAGAUACCCAUCGGCUCGUUGAUCAUGACCGGGCAGAUUCGCACGAUGGACCGCUACAUUGGCGUAGGCCGGCAGGACGUUACAAUCAUCCGCAACGGUAUUAUCGGCAGCACAACUUUCGAAGGUUCCCAAAGCCUUCCGAACGGAAGUACAAAGCUCUCUAUCCAGCAAGUCACUUACCCUACUGGGAUUAUUUAAACGGAGGGAGGCGUGGAUUUCCCCGUUACCCCAGUUCUGCCGGUAGUGGUGACCAAGGUAACUUUGCGUCCUGCGAGCCAUACCCUCCUCACGAGGGACUUCUAGUCCAACCUACCACAAUACCACAAAUGAUUACGCCAAACACCAGAGAAAAAGCCUUCUCUGAAAUUGUUAAUGGCACUUUUGAUUUUGAGAAGUCUCCUUUUUCGCUGGGGAAGACGUUGGCUUCGUCUGCCACAAUUUCUGACGAAUCUCGGUUGCUUAACGGUCUGCCUAACCCCUUUGGCUUAGACACGACCAGCAGUAAAAGCGGAUCGUCAUCUUCAAUGGUUGACCAAUCCAAGAAGCAAGCUGCGCCGUCUGAGAAUUUACAACAAGGAAAUAGUGUUAACAAUGCCCGUAUUAUGUCAACUGCUGGACAAUAUGCUGCAAUUGAGAAACCUUACAACUUGCUGCAAGAUCAAAGCCAAACUGAUUCAUAUACCGUUGGGUUCGGUUCAGCUCCAAACACAAAUUCGACUGAGACGGAGGAGUUUCACCAAUUGCUGCAAAUGAUUGAAUUGCACACCCAGCAGUCGCAGGAUUUGGCAGAUUUAGUCUCGACUUACCUUUCCCGAGGUGGAAGUUACGGAGAUAUUAGGUCAGUAGCUGGCGUUAUUCAUAAAUUCUACAACAAGCCACCCCGUCGCUUGAAUCAGAAUCCAGAAGGGAUACUUCAAGUUGCAUCCCUUCCAGGUGGUGGCGACAGCCCAGACCCACCUCGUGACCACCGAAUUCCAUUCCGGGGACAUAUGAUAGACCGUGUGGAUACAGGUCAGCCAGCAGUUAAUAAGGACGAGAACAAGAAUGGCGAUGAAAGCACCACGACGGCAUGUGAGAACCUUGGCCAGCAUUGGGGAUCUGCUUUGUAUGGUGACAGUGAAGGUCCAAACGGCAUCAAUACACAGGGUAAUUCGGCCACGACGAACCGCGGAACUACUAACAGUGCCUACUUUACCAUGCCAGUAUAUGGACUUCCAGAGGACCCGGCCUUGAGUUCUGCCGAAUUUGGAGGCCUAUACCCUAACUCACUUCCAACGGAGACUUCAAACAAAGCAGCUUCUAAAAAACGGUCAAGGCAAGAUGCGGACGAUCGGUAUCAGAAUAAGACAGAGUGUUCCGUUGACUGUUGCCAUCAUCAUAUCGACGAAUCCAAGAGUUCCGCAAAGAACCAGUGUCAUUCUCAGUGUCAGGGCGAGCGGUCAAAGCGGCCUAAACUCAAUAAUCUCACAGGACCACCAACCCGCCCAUCGUGCCCAUCCUGUAAAGGUCCCCAAUCACUAGUCUCUUCCCAAUCCUCUCAAAGUGGUUAUUCACACUCCACUAGACCGCUCUUUGGAGCGUCGAAAUCUGCACAUGUUUCUGCAGCCUCGGCCAACCCCGGACAUCCAUCAUUUUAUAAGAAGGGUCAGAAAUUAAGCUCAGUGGCACCAAAAUAUACCCAUCACACCUGCGGUUGUCGACCUCGUUGUUUGUGUAGACCUGUUUGUCGCUGCGGACAGGAUACAAGCGUCCUUAAGAAUGGAGACAAUACUGCCAAUUCGGUACAACCACAGCUCAGGUCUUUUUAUGAGAAGGAUCAGAAAUUAAGCUCAGUGGCACCAAAAUAUACCCAUCACACCUGCAGUUGUCGACCUCGUUGUUUAUGUAGACCUGUUUGUCGCUGCGGACAGGAUGCAAGUGUCCUUAUGGAUGGAGACCAUGCCGCCAAUUCGCCGCAGCCAUAG